GGAUGUGCCACCUGUGUCAGGUAUUCGCAAUUGUACUUGUGUCCAUCCGUUUGUUUGACAGUUUAUAAAGGUGUUUGGUAAAAAUGAAAUUUUAGUCAUUGUUUUGUUUGUGAAUACAUGUGUACUAAGCAGUUGUAAACACUCGAAUAAAGGAAAAGAGAAACGCGUUGAAUAAAACGCUCAACAAUAUAAUGUUGAAAUAUAUUUCUUUCGUAACAGUGAUCAUACUGGCAUGUUUAUCUCAGUCGGAGGCACAAUAUGAUGAUAAACGAUGUAAAUGCAUUUGUCCUAGUCUUGCAUCUAUGAUAAAUGCCACACAAGUGUCACUGGAAAGGCAAACAUACAUCAUAAAUGUUCCACCAUCUCAGUGUAAUUGUGAAGGUGUUGUAUUAGUAAAAGUGGGAGAUCAAUUAAAAGGCAAGGAAGAAAUUUAUUGUUCGCGAUGUGAUUGCAAAUAUGAAAAUAGAAACACCACUAUUAUUAAAAUAGUGGUGAUACUUGUUAUUUGGGUUAUAUCUCUUUUAGUAAUCUAUAUGUUAUUCUUAAUUUGUUUGGACCCGUUAUUGAAUAAAAGAAUUCACAAAACUUCUGCAAAUAUUGGCUAUCAUGAGCAUAAUAAUGAAGAAGAUGACACAUCCAUAACUCCUGGAACAUCUCACCCUAUGGGAGAAAGGGGUAAUGUUCUAAAUCGUGUUGGCCAUCAACAAGACAAAUGGAAACGUCAAGUUCGAGAACAAAGACGUAACAUUUAUGAUCGACAUACCAUGCUUAAUUAAAGCUGUACAGCUCUGAUUCUAGACAGAAUUAAAUAUGAUAUAUAAAAAUAUAAAAACCAUGACAUUUCUUUAAAGGCAUUUACAGUUUUGUAUAUAAUUUUCUCUCUCAAUUUCUUACAUCUAAAUGAGAAUUUAAUAAUACAUGAACAUAAAUCAAUUUAUUAGUAAAUGCCAGCAAAUAAAGUUAUGGUCAAUGCAUCAACAUUGCAUUGGGUACAUAAAUAAAACUUAAUACCUUUAAGAAUCAUCUGAUCUAGUGUAUGAAAUAAUAAAG